ACGAUCUUUUCUUCUUCGUGUAGUCAGACACCGUUAAGAGAAGUUACCACUACACAAUCAUUUAAAUGUAACUAAAGUGGCUAUAUCUAAUAGUGUGCAGAUACCACAUAAGACGUUAGAAUCUACAAGUAAAACUAACUGGUCUGAGAGGGCACGUACGGUUUGUCUUAUAUGACGUCUAGUUGCCUGAGAAGGCAUGGCCAUAGCCGUUCGCCGGUGCUAAACGGAAGCAUGUUUUUCGGAGUGUUGGGUUCAUCCUCUUAAGUCUAAAAUCUGAAAUUAUUUUUUGAGAUGCAAGGCACACUGAAUUUCAAUGUAGGUGUUUUGGGACAUAUUGAUAGUGGGAAAACUAGCUUGACAAAAGCUUUGAGCACUGUUGCAAGUACAGCCUCGUUCGAUAAAAAUCCGCAAAGUAGGGAAAGGGGAAUCACACUUGAUUUAGGAUUUUCCUCGUUCACCGUAGAUAUACCAGAGCAUCUGCGUCAACAUGGAAGCUAUGACAAACUUCAGUUCACUCUUGUAGACUGUCCUGGACAUGCCUCUCUCAUCAGAACAAUAAUUGGUGGUGCUCAGAUCAUAGACCUGAUGAUGUUGGUGGUAGAUGUGACCAAGGGAAUUCAAACACAGACUGCAGAAUGCCUUCUAUUGGGAGAAAUCACCUGUGAGAAGAUGGUAGUUGUAUUAAAUAAGAUUGACUUACUCCCUGAAGACAAGAGGCAAAGUGCAAUUGAAAAGAUGUCUAAAAAGUUCCAAAAAACCCUAGAAGCCACAAGAUUCCAUGAUGCCCCUAUCAUCCCUGUAGCAGCCAAACCAGGAGGCCCAGAGGCCCAGGGGAAGGAGGCAGAGGGGAUGGUCAAGCUCAUUGACAUCCUGAAAGCCUGCACAUAUAAGCCACAAAGAGUAGAGACUGGUCCUUUCAUUUUUGCUGUGGAUCAUUGUUUCUCUAUAAGAGGUCAGGGGACAGUGAUGACAGGGACUGUGUUGUCUGGGAGAGUUGUGGUCAAUGAUACGGUAGAGAUUCCAAGCAUGAAAAUGACGAAGAAGGUCAAAGCCAUGCAGAUGUUCAGACAGCCAGUGGAGAAAGCAAUACAGGGAGACAGAGUUGGUAUCUGUGUCACCCAGUUCGAUCCUAAAUUACUAGAGCGGGGUCUUGUUUCCUCUGUGGGUGUUCUGCCCACCAUCACUGCUGCCAUCAUAUCUGUUCAAAAGAUUAAAUACUUCAAGGGACCAGUGGCUACAAAAUCCAAGUUCCACAUUACUAUGGGCCAUGAAACUGUCAUGGGGAAAGUGAGCUUCUUUGGACAAAAGAGAGAUGGAGUUGAAGAUACAUCUGGUGCUGAAAAUAAUUUCAAUUUGGGGGAAGAGUAUAUUUAUCAGGAGGAGUUACACAUUGGGAAAAGUGUAAAUGAAAGUAAGAAUGAUAACAGUGAAGUCGUUGCAAAUAAACCAGUGAGACAAUAUGCACUGAUUAUGUUGGAGAAACCAGUUACAUGUGCACCGCAUUGCCUUGUUAUUGGUUCAAAACUGGACACAGAUAUCCAUGCUAAUGUCUGCCGUCUUUCAUUCCAUGGCCACUUGCUUCUGCCAGUUACAGACCCGAAGUAUCCAGAGACCUUACUUCCCAAUUUAAAAGUAUAUAAGAUAAAGCAAAAGGAAGGCUUGGUGGAGAGGAUAGCUGAUGACUAUUCUGUAAUUGGGAAAUCUUUAUUUAAAAAGGAGAGCAACAUUCAGUUGUUUGUAGGAUUGAAAGUGAAACUGUCAACAGGAGAAGAUGGUGUCAUUGAAGGAGGGUUUGGUCAAAGUGGAAAAUUCAAAGUAAGGAUUCCGAAUGGUCUGCUUCAAGGUACGAAACAAAAAUUGUCUGCAAGUAGUAAAAAGAAAGGAAAGGCUGCUGCAGAAGAAACAAGUCAGGAAUCAGAUGGUGGAAAAGAACCAGUAAAAAUUUACCUUAUAUUCAAGCGUUAUAUAUAUGACCCAAAAAAGGAAAUGAUUCAAAUUGAUUGAUGGGUGUUUUUGCAUUAAUGCAUUCUAAGGAGGAAUGACCUCUGCAUCUUUCUGUUGCAAGCCAUGAAUUCAAACUUUACAAUAUUACAAAAGUUUAUUAUCAGUAUUUGUAAUCAGCUUUGGUAAGAAAUGCAGAUAAUGAAAGAGAUUGCCUUAGUAUAAUAUUUGAAAAGAAAAGAAAAACAAAUUGCAUUAUGGUAGAUGGGAUGGAAGGUGUAGAAAUUGGAAUGUGUUCAGACAUACUGUAUUUUUUACUAGUCAAAUGGAUAAAUUUCCUUUUUUUCAUCUUAAAUCACAUGCUUCAGAUAAGAUAGGCUUAAAUGAUUCAAGAUGUGAAGUCGGUGCUGAUUUUGAAUCCAGGUUUAAUGACUGCAAUUUUAUGAAGAUUCGUCAUAAAUUUCAUUUUUUUCCAUUUAAAUAGUGUUGAAGUGAAAUUCUGUAAUCCCCACAAUGUAGUCCCUCAUGUGUCCCCUAUUACAUUUUUAAGAAUUAAUGGCAUUAGCUUUUAAGUGAACUAUGUGUAUGCCUAACUAAUGGGUUCAGUGUACUUUUAGAAAAUUCAGACUACCAAAUUUUAUUUAUUCAACUUUUAAAAGAAUGUGAAAAUUAAUCUUGGAUGUCAAAAGUAGGAGGAUUUUGAAUGUAGUCUCUGAGAGACACUUUUUCUGUCAAACUUAAAUUGGCUGACAGCAACUAGCAUCUCAUGUAAACCCCAACCAUUGAAGUAAGUGAUGACACUAUAUUUGGAAAAACAACUAAGAAGUCUUUAAAUUGAAAAUAUAUAAUCAAAUGUCUUACAGGUAGUUUUUGGCCACAUCUUGUGAAAUAAGUGAGCCUAUUCAACAGUUGUGCAAAUUUGUAAAAAUGUGCUGUUCUUUUAACUACAUGUUUAUGUAUUUAUAUACACGUGCAGGUAAGUUUCUUUUAAGACUUCUAUGUGUGUAUACAUACAAAUAUUUAUAAAACAUAUUUUUAAUCAAGAUUUUUUUAUUUCCUUCUCACUUUUUUUUUCAUUUGAAAAGCUCUGAAAUUUGAUAUUAACACUGCAUUACAUAUAUACUGGUAGAGUAAUCAGUUGGAUUACUUCCAGAACUAUCAGACUAUAUUUAUUCAACUUCGAAAUAUGAAAAUUAAAUUCAGAUAUUAAACUCUGGGGAGAAUGGUUUAGCUAUAAGUAAAGAAAUGCAUAAUUGAUAAUGACAUAAACAGUGACUGUACAUACAUUCAGAAUUAAAGUAAUGUUUGCUAGGGAAUGUCCAA